UUCACGACCAGCAUAACCACGAUGGGCGCCCAAGAAAUAGAAGCCAAGAAGCGCAAGCGCAAGCACAGCAGCAAGAAAACAGACGAGGCCGCUGCGCCGAAAAGACACAGCAAUGGUGUAGAGAAGGCCGACAAGCCCCGCAAGAAGGCGAAGAAGGAGCACACGCCCGAGCCCGAGGCCGAGGAUGUUAUCGCAGAGGCUUCUGCUGACGAGGAGGAGGAAGUCGAGGGCGAGGAGGACGAGGCGCAACUCAACGCCGAGCUGAAGCAGAUUGCGAAGAACGCAAAGAAGGGCAAGAAGGCAGACGCAGAGGAGUCUGGCGAUGAGCAUGAGGAGAGCGCGAACCCCAACGACCUGCCGCUGGGAACAUCGAUGCCAACUGUCGAGGACCCCAAGCUCUUCUCUGAGCUCAAGCUCUCGGACCGCACGAUGGAAGCUAUCAAGUCUAUGGGCUUCGAGACCAUGACCGAGAUUCAGCAGAAGACCAUUCCGCCGCUGCUGAGUGGUAAGGAUGUCCUCGGUGCCGCGAAGACCGGUAGCGGAAAGACACUCGCCUUCCUCAUUCCCGCGAUCGAAAUGCUCUCAGCUAUGCGCUUCAAGCCUCGCAACGGCACUGGUGUCAUCGUCGUCUCGCCCACCCGCGAACUCGCCCUGCAGAUCUUCGGCGUCGCACGCGAACUCAUGGAGAAACACUCCCAGACAUUCGGUAUCGUCAUUGGCGGUGCAAACAGGAGGGCAGAGGCAGAGAAGCUCGUCAAGGGCGUGAACCUGCUCAUCGCAACACCCGGACGACUGCUCGACCACCUACACAACACUCCUGGCUUCGUGUUCAAGAAUCUGAAGAGCCUGAUCAUCGACGAGGCCGACCGCAUCCUCGAAGUCGGAUUCGAAGACGAAAUGCGCAGCAUCAUCAAGAUCCUCCCCACCGAUCGCCAGACCAUGCUUUUCUCCGCGACCCAAACAACAAAGGUCGAGGACCUUGCGCGAAUCUCGCUGAAACCGGGGCCGCUGUACAUCAACGUUGACUACCGCAAGGAGCACUCCACAGUCGAAGGCCUGGAGCAAGGCUACGUCAUCUGCGACUCGGACACACGCUUCAGACUGCUGUUCAGUUUCCUCAAGAAGCACCAGAAGAAAAAGGUCAUCGUCUUCUUCUCGUCUUGCAACUCUGUAAAGUUCUACGCCGAGCUGCUCAACUACAUCGACCUCCCUGUGCUCGAGCUGCACGGCAAGCUCAAACAACAGGCGCGCACAAACCGGUUUUUCGAGUUCUGCAAUGCGACUUCUGGCACACUGAUCUGUACCGAUGUUGCGGCGCGUGGUCUUGAUAUUCCGGAGGUGGAUUGGGUGAUCCAGUUCGAUCCCCCGGAUGACCCGAGGGACUACAUUCAUCGUGUCGGUCGUACUGCCAGAGGUUCGCAGGGCAAGGGCAGGAGUCUGAUGUUCUUGCUUCCUUCCGAGAUCGGCUUUUUGAAGCUCUUGAAGGAGGCGAGGGUCCCGCUCGUCGAGUUUGAACUGCCCGCCAACAAGAUCCUGAACAUCCAAUCCCAACUCGAAGCCCUGAUAACCAAGAACUACUACCUCAACAAAUCCGCCAAAGACGGAUACAGAUCCUACCUACAAGCGUACGCUUCGCACUCGCUGCGAUCAGUUUUCGAUGUGCACAAGCUGGAUCUGGUCAAGGUGGCGAAGAGCUUCGGCUUCAACACACCGCCCAGGAUCGAUAUCAGCCUAGGCGCGAGUCUGAGUAGGGACAAGAAGAUCGAGGGCAGGAGAGCGUAUGGAAGUCAGCCGCAGCAGCAGGGGAGACGGCCUAUGAAGCCUGGCAACAAGCGUUUCUAGAUCAAGAAAGGAAGCAUUUGAGGGCGUUGGGGUGUUCAAAAGGACGGACAUGAGCUUAGUUACAUCUUGUUGCAUAUUGAAGAUGACCCCUCGUCGUUCACAUGAACCUCGUGGAGUA